AUGCGCGGCCUCGGGCUCCUGCUGUUCGCCGCGCUGGGGCUGCAGGGGGUCGCCCCCGGGGCCGCCCUGCCCCACGUGGAGCAGUACGAGGUGGUGACGCCCCGGCGCCUGGGUGUACCCCGUGCUCGGCGGGCUCUGCCCUCCCGCCUGGGCCUGUACCCAGAGAGUGUCAGCUACGUCCUGGGGGCCCGAGGACACACCUUCACCCUGCACCUUCGGAAGAACAGGGACCUGGUGGGCUCCGGCUACGCAGAGACCUACACGGCCGCCAACGGCUCCCAGGUGACAGAGAGGCUGCAGAGGCAGGACCACUGCUUCUACCAGGGCCGCGUGGAGGGGCACCCGCACUCGGCCGCCAGCCUCAGCACCUGUGCCGGCCUCAGGGGCUUCUUCCAGGCGGGCCCCGCCGUCCGCCUGAUCGAGCCCCUGGCGGGGGCCGGGGAGGAAGGGCCGCACGCCCUGUACCUGGCGCAGCACCUGCAGCAGGAGGCUGGCACCUGUGGCGUCGAUGACAGCAGCCUGGAGAGCGUCCUGGGGCCGCGGGUGUCUGCAGCCCUCAGACCGCGGUGGUCAGAACCCAGGGAGACCCGCUAUGUGGAGCUGUUCGUGGUCACGGACAGCACGGAGUUCCAGCGGUUUGGGAGCAGAGAGGCCAUGCGUCAGCGGGUGCUGGAGGUGGUCAACCACGUGGACAAGCUCUAUCAGGAGCUCAAUUUCCGCGUGGUGCUCGUGGGCCUGGAGAUGUGGAAUGGUGGGGACAAGAUUCAGGUCAGCUCCCAGCCGGACGCCACACUGGACAACUUCCUGGCCUGGCGGACUCGCGAGCUGGUGGGCCGGCAGGCGCACGACAACGUGCAGCUCAUCACCGGAGUUGAUUUCACCGGGACCACCGUGGGACUGGCCAAGGUGUCCACCAUGUGCUCCCAGAACUCAGGGGCUGUAAACCAGGACCACAGCCUGAAUCCCAUCGGUGUGGCGAGCACCAUGGCCCAUGAGAUGGGCCACAACCUGGGCAUGGACCACGACGAGAACGUCGCCGGCUGCUACUGCCCGGUGCCGCGGGAGGGUGGCGGCUGUGUGAUGGCGGCCAGCAUCGGCUCCCAGUACCCCAGGAAGUUCAGUCACUGUAGCCGGGCUGACCUGGAGACGUUCCUGGAGAAGCGCCGCACAGCCUGCCUGGUGGACACCCCAGACCUUGACCGGCUGGUGGGCGGCCCUGUGUGUGGAAACGGGUUCCUGGAGCGUGGGGAGCAGUGUGACUGUGGCCGCCCUGAGGACUGUCAGAACCGCUGCUGCAACGCCAGCACCUGCCUGCUGGCCGAGGGGGCCGAGUGUGCCCACGGCGCCUGCUGCCACGAGUGCAGGGUGAAGCCGGCUGGAGAGCUGUGCCGCCCCGCGAAGGACCAGUGUGACCUUGGUGAGCACUGUGAUGGCCGGUGGCCCGCGUGCCCUGAGGAUGCCUUCCGGGAGAACGGCACACCCUGCCCAGGGGGCUACUGCUACAACGGGGCCUGCCCGACACCGGCCCAGCGCUGCCAGGACCUGUGGGGGCCAGGCUCGCGGGUGGCAGCGGAGACUUGCUUCCGCUACAGCAUCUCCGAAGGCUGCGGGGCUGGGGUCUCCUUGCAGUCCGGCGGGGUCAACAAGUGCGGCACUCUCUUCUGCGAGGGGGGGCAGGACCCCCCGGAAGGCCGACACUGCAUCCUCACCACCCACUCAGGCACUUGCCGGGCUGUCGUCCAGGAUGGCAGCACUGCGUAUGAGCCGGUGCCCAAGGGCACCAAGUGCGGCGAGGAGCAGGUUUGCUGGGACGGCUUCUGCCGGGGCCUCCACGUGUACAGAUCCAGGAACUGCUCCGCCCGGUGCAACAGCCACGGGGAGUGCGACCACAAGGACCGGUGCCACUGCUUCCCGGGCUGGGCCCCGCCCCACUGUGCAGAGCCGCUGUCCGACCCGCACGCAGCUCCUGGGAGCCUCCGAACACGUGUGCUGGUGGGUGUGGGCACCCUGGUGGUGCUGGUGCUGAUCCUGGCGGGCGUGCUCAUCUACCGCAAGGCCCGGAGCCCGGUCCGAAGGAGGAAUGUGGCACCCAAGACGGCCAUGGGGCUCUCCAACCCGCUGUUCCACGAAGGGCUCAGCAAGCCUGCGAAAGGCGGGGCUCAGGCUCCCCCCGGGGCCUCCCCAGAGCCGGCCCCGCCCUCCCAGUCCCCCAAGCCCACAGCUUCCUCGGUGACCCCUAAGCGACCACCCCCUGCUCCUCCAGGCUCCCUUCAGCCUCCAGCCGCCAUGGCCAGACCACCGUCCCCGCUUCCUGUGUACCCCCAGCAGGCCCCGGGCCAGCAGCUCAGACCUGCUCCUCCUGCCAAGCCCCUUCCGGUGCUGAAGCCAAAGCAGGUCAUCAAGCCGACCUGUGCUCCCCCAUUGCCACCCGUCAAGCCUGGAGCGAGAGGGGCCCAGCCUGGACCCACUCAGAAAGCUGUUGACCGGAAGGUUGCUCUGAAACCCCCUGUCCAGAGGAGGUGAUGGGGCCCAAGCUC